AUGUACGCCGGCUACAAACAUGCGAGAAGAAAGUAUCAGGAGCGACAAGCCAGGCAGGCUGGCGAGGCCCAAGGCCAGGAAUAUGGGCUCGCCCCUCCCAUAGGAGAGCAGAUCCAGCUUGGGCCGGCCGACCGUGGUGAGCCCAAUGUCCAGAAACUCACGCUCGAGGAGAAGGCCGAGAAGCGAAGAAGACGUAAUUACCGGUUCAAGGUCGUCUUUGGCCUCGCACUGCCAUUCAUGCUCCAGGCCCUUGACACGACCAUUGUGGCAGCUGCGUUGCCUACCAUUGCUCAGGAAUUCAGUACCGUCUCCCAGCAAAACUGGAUCAUCUCCGCCUUCAACCUCACGGCCGCGGCCUUCCUCCCCUUCUGGGCCCAAGCAGCCGACAUCUUUGGGCGCCACACCACGAUCCAGGUGACGGUGAUCCUCAUGAUGAUCGGGUCGGCCAUCUGCACAGGGGCACCGACCCACGCCUUCCCGGCGCUCCUGGUCGGGCGCGCCGUGCAGGGCGUGGGCGCGGCCGGCGUCAACAUCUGCGUGCGCACCAUCCUCGCCGACAAGGUCAGCCUGGCCGACUACGCGCUCAACUGGACCCUCUUCGCCGUCAUCUCGGCCGUCGGCUACACCGUGGGGCCCGUCAUCGGCGGCUACCUGACCGAGGACACCUGGCGCUGGUGCUUCGCCAUCAACCUGCCCGUCGCCGCGCUCGCCGUCGUCUCCGUCCUGCUCAUCCUGCGCAAGGAGCUGCUGGGCCCACAGCCGCUGCCCGAGCUGGCCGCCGCCGCCGCCGCCGCCUCCUACGAAGGGGGGUCCACGGCCCGGGGCGCCCGCCGCGCCCGCCUGCUCGUGCGCAUCGGCACCAUCGACUUUGUCGGCCAGCUGCUGUUCCUCUUCGGCCUGGGCCUCGUCAUCCUCGCCCUGACGUGGGCGGGCAACGGCCAGUCGGGCACGUACAGGUGGGACUCGGCCCAGGUGCUGGCCCCGCUGGUCGUCGGCGUGGUGCUGACGGCGCUGUGGUUUGCCUUUGAGUACAGCAUGGCGCCCGGGCGGGCCAUGUCGCGCGUCUUCACCAGGCAGCGGCCCAUGAUGCCGUGGAAGCUGUUUGAGAACAAGGACAUCGCCAUCCUGUUCUAUGUCAACUUCAGCUAUGGCAUGUGCCUGUAUGCCGUCAUGUACUUUAUGGAUUACUACUUCCAGUAUGUCCGGGGCCAGAGCGCAAGCAACGCCGGGCAAGCGCUGUUGUACUUUUUGCCAGGACUUGGAGUCGGCGCCUACGUUGCCGUCUUCAUGCUCAACCGGUUCCCGCGGCAGACCCUCUACCCGAUCAAGCUCGGCGCUGUCACCUCGGCCGUCGGCGUGACGAUGCUCUCUCAGGCCAUUUUAAAGAACAACGUCAACCUGGUGUACGGCAUGAUGGCGCUGGCGGGCUUCGGCGUGGGCGCCAGCAUGAGCCCGAGCACGACGCACGGCCUGGCCCAGCUGCCCGCCAAUACAGCCCAGAUCACCUGCGUGUUCGCGUUUGCGAUGCCCUUUGGCGGCGCCUUGGGUGUGACGAUUAUGAACACCGUGUGGAACAACAAGCUGGGCCCCAACGACGAGUACGUGCAGAGCGCCAUCGCGUAUGCGUACUACGCCAUCCUGCCGUUCCUGUGGUUGAGCGUGCUGUCGACCUGGUUCUUGGGUAACGUGUGGGUCAAGAAGGACGGCCACCAUGAGGUGGUGAUGGGUCCAUACCUGUUGACCCUGCUUAGGGGGAAGAAGCCGGUCAAGGAGACGAGGGCGCGCGGUGGUGGUGACUGGUCCAGCACGCCGGCCCAGGAGUGGCAGAAGGAGGGCCAAACUGCCGAGCCUGUCUGA